AUGGCGUCUGGUGUUCGGCUUGGAGGUCGCUUAUGCUUCAGAGUUUGUAUGACGGCGAACUGCCACACAAGAUAUAGGACUUUAACUUCAAACUUAUCUUCGUAUUUGUGGAGGUAUCGGCUAUCUAGCGGCAUUAACACGGUAGGAACAAUCCAAAAAACUGAAAAUUUUAUUUCGCAUUUUUUCUUACUGCAAGUUAUACAUUGUACCCAUGCUGAUCCUAACUCUUAAUAAUAUAUAGAUUUAGCCAGGGCUAAAAGCGAAGCUCUCUUUAAUAUUUAUAUAUUCCCAAAGAAAAUAUAAAAUCAAGUAAUACUAAAGUGGUCAAUGUAAGACGCAGACUGCGGACUGCGGACUGCAGACUGUGUGUAAAAUGCAGACUAAGAGUAAAACGCAGGCUGGGGUAAAAUGUAGACCAAACAUAAACUGUAGUCGUGGAAGGGUUUAAGGGCAAAAAAAUCCCGCAAAUACAAGUAAACGAACAUUUACUUGACGACAUCUGCUUUCACAAAUCCAUUCCUUUCUUCUCUAGAACGUCAUCGACGACCCAAAAACAUAAUCGCAAUCUUGAACCUUUUUUUCUAUCCGAGAGACGUCACGCUUCAACUUUAGAUGCAAAGUUUUCGAUAUACGUGACCAGGGACCGUGAAUUGGUACAACACCAACGCCACCAUGUUUACGCUUAAAUGAAAGCUGCUGACCCAAAAUACUGUACAGGAAGAAUUGUGGCAAUAAAAAUAGGGAGUAAAUCAUUCCAACAACAAAGAAAGAUGUUCUGCAGGAAAUUUGGAUGAGCUUCUAUGAAAGUAUUGCAAAUCAAGGUACGCAGACUUAAGCUGUUCGGAUGUUCAUUGAAACUUCUGGCGAAUGUGCAAUGCACUUCGACUAGGAAGUGAAGUGUGUAACUGAUACUGGCUAGCUAUUUCACCGAUUUGGACAAGAAGGAGCACAAAUGUUUAAAAAAGUCUACAGUCUUUAUUCUGCAUUUUGCACCCAGCCUGCGUUUUACCAUCAGUCUGCAGUCUGCAUUUUACACUCAGUCUGCAUUUUACCCUUGGUCCGCAGUCUGCAGUCCAGCAGUCCACAGUCUUCAUUUUACGCUGACCGAAUACUAAAGACAAGGUGAAGACAACGAGAACGGUAAAAACAACAACAAUAGAUCUACUUGGCUAUCUUUGAUACAAGGAUGGGAAUGGUAAACGGGAUUGGGGAACAGGGAAUCUUUAACAUGGGGAAUCUUUAAAGGCGGGAAUCUUUAAAAUGGGGGAAUCUUUAAAAGCAGGAAUCUUUAAGAGUGGGCAUCUUUAAGAGUUGGAAUCUUUAAAACAUGGAAAUUAUCUUUAAAAGCGGGAAUCUUUAAAAUGGGAAAUCUUUAAAAGUGAGAAUCUUUUAAAUGGAAAAUCUGACAUCAUCGUCAUAGGCUCCUUGCAAAUGGCGUUGAAUGAUACAAUGUUGUUGUGCUGUAACUCCCUUAUCAUCUUUGCCUCCUUAAUGACAGUUUCUUCAGCUGUACUGAGCAAUUUUUCAGCUGUACUGAGCAAAAAUGGUCCAAAUGUUCCUUGCCCUAUGAUAUCGUGGCCAACUUUCUCUUCCCAGGAAAACCGAGGCAAAUCGCCAAGCCAAGGAAAGCUUAAAUUCAGCCAGUGAUGUUGACCUAGCAUCAACAUGAGGUGCAUAGGGCAGAAUGUUGCCUGCCGCUUUAAUGUCUUUAAUACUCCAUGGUUUUCCUGUCAUCUGGAACACCUUUGGGAGAAUUUAUAGCUACCAGAUACAAUUUUGGUUUUCAAGUCUUUUCUUUAUCCACUGGAGAUACAUUUUCCUAGUUGUUUUCUUUUUGUGUGUAAGAAUGGUACUUUUUCUGAAUGAGUAUCACACCACAACAAGGAAAGAACCAUAAAACUAAUCCAAGACAUCAGAAUGCAUCUUUGGACUCUAUAAUCUCAUUAUUAUUGAAUGCCACUGAACAUUGCCUCAUAAAAUUAUGCCCGGCAAUGCACAGGUUCAAUUUCACUCACAGGGGAAUUUGUCUGCAGAUGACAACCACGUUUUCCCAUGCAUUUCUCUCUAAGACUGCCAAUUCAAUUCAGUGAUUAAUUUUGCUUGUAAAAUUGAUGAUUUUGGCAUCGCAAACACAAACCAGAAAUUGCUGUAGAUAAGGCCAAUCCAUGCAGCUUAAGCAACCACAACAACCAGAACUUCAAGAAGGCAAUAUGAAAUUUUCACUGUUGUUAAGGUUUCCUUUUGUCAACGGGCGUAAAUUUUAAUGGCUUUAUGUGCAUAAAAUGAAAAAGAUGCCGAACGGUAUGGAACAAUUGCAUCUGAGAGAAAAAGUUUAAUGUUGCUUGCAAGCCCUUCCCACAUUCGUCCUCAUGCCUGGUGACGCCAGUAAAAUUAAGCCACAGUUGAAAUAAGAAUUUCAAACAUCAUUGCCAGAGGGAGUUUUACCCUUGGGAAAGUUUGGUCACAUACAUUAACGCGAAUUCCCGUGGUGAUGCAAAGCCAGAUUCCUGCUUUUAAAGAUUCUCUGUUUUAAAGAUUCCUGCAUUUAAAGAUUCCUUAUUAUUCCAGCUUUUGAAGAUUCCUCAUUUAUUUUUAAAGAUUCCCUGUUUUAAAUAUUACCCAUUUUAAAGAUUCCGGCUUUUAAAGAUUCCCCUGUUUUAAAGUUUCCUGCUUUUAACUAUUCCCCGCUUUAGAGAUUCCCACUGUUAAAUAUUCCCCGUUUUAAAGAUUCCGGCUUUUAAAGAUUCCUUGUUUUAAAGAUUCCCCAUUUUAAAGAUUCUCUGUUCCCAGUUCCCUGUUCCCCAUUCCCGUCCCCUAAAUAGCCGAUCUUUGUACAUUUCCAUGCCGAUGAAUUAGCAAAAAAACAACUUUGCACGUGCAGCACACUUUUUUUUGUACAUUUCCAUGCCGAUGUUUUGCACUACUAAAAUGUGAAACUUCUUUUUAACUUCCUAUUUACACAUUUUACUGAAGAAUUAUGUUUGUGUUCCUGUUCACUCUGUCUUUUCACUGCUUCUCAUAAUUUUUCACAUUGGUAGCCACUAGCAUUUGUCAUUUUCUCACUGCUGCUGUAUAAUUUUCUCGUUUUUCUUCCAAUGAAAUUGGUCUCUGUUGUUAUAUAUUUCUCGCUCUAUCUCUUUCCCUGUUAUCCAAGUUACUGUAGACAUUAAAAUCAUUUAGUGGAAAGAAACCCUCGUCUUCUGUUUUUUUCUAUCUCUAAAAGUCCAGGCGGCCAUGCAGUGAUUUACCCCCAAAAUGAGCAGGGUUCUUACUCCAUCCCCAAUGGGCUGACUCUUGACUUCCUUCCUUCCCCCUCCCCCAUACACUGACGUUAUAACCAAAUUUUCUUGGAUGGAUUGAUUUACCAAAUUUUCUUAGCUUUGGGGCUCUGCUUGCGAGCGCUUUGUGCUAAUAAUUAGGAUUACAAAAUAAAAAAAAGAAAUUGAGAUGAUAACUUCUGGAGAUCUUAUUAUCAACGACCACCCUUAUAAUAUUCUUGGAACCUUUCAUGGAUAAUAUGCUGACUGAACUGCAAAUUUUUUUAAUGUGUUACAGGUAUCCCAGAAACGGUAUUUUGCAAAUGACAAAGGGUCAAGUUUUUUGGAUGCGCUUCCUUUAGCAAGGAUGGACAACUCAGUAAGUUAACAACAUGUGCAGGUCAUUUACUGUGGGAGUUACCAAAUGCAGGGGCAGUACAGUCAUUGUUCACUGUCUUGUUUACUCAUGGAAACUAGUUUACAGUUGAUCAAUCUUAACCUAUGUACCAUUGUUCAUGAUAAUUUUUACAGAAAACUUCAACCAUCAUUACGUGCCUUCAACCAUCAUUAUCCUCCUCAGUAGUGGAUCCAGGGGGAGAGUCUGGGGGGUCCAGCCACCCUCUACUAUCGGACCUUGCACUAACUUGUUUGAGACUGAAAUUCUUACACUUUUAAACUGGCUGACUUGUUAAAUGAAAUGUGCAUUUCACUUUGCCACAAAACUAAAUUCCAGGGAUACUCAAAAAUGUAAUAAUUGUUUUUGGGUCCUCCUAUGAUCUGUUUGCCUCUGCUCCCAAAGCAGUAUUUCCUGUGCCAACAGUGACUGGCAUUCACAGAUUGAGAAACGUGUUUGUCUCUGCUUUUUCAGCUUGUCGACAAUUAUGCAUCCUUUAUGAGUAGGAAUUCAGGUACACGAGAAGGGGCCAAGGAAUAUAACAUGCAACCAUGACUGGUAUUAGGAGGUCUUGGGGGUGUGGGGGAGAAGCAAUUUGCCACAAAAUAGUUCAACAGUUCUUUCUGAACCAAAGCUUGGAUCCCCCCAAUCAAAAAUUCCUGGAUCCGUGAUUGUUAACAAAUCUUAGAAUUGGAUGGGAUCAUUUAAAUUAGAGUCCAGACCCCCCUUUAUAGCCCUGCCUCUAGACUAGUUAGGGUCAGAAAUUGCACAGAAACAGCUUGGGGACUGUAGAGAGAAGGUUUUUUUGCUUGUCUGGACUGACUAAAAGUGUGCUAUGACUCUGUUAUAAAGUUCUGUUUUAUCUCAUCCGCUACAAUUAUAAUUUAAAUCUAUUAUAAUCAUUUAACAAAAAACAUAAGUUUGAUAGCACAGUGUUCUGGAAUAAAAAAGAUAAUUUUAAAAACUAGAAUUCGGUGAUUGAAUAAGUUAAUUUUGUAUGUAUUCUUAGUCCAUGGUGACAGAAACUGAAGCUGAUGCAACAGCAAGUACAGAUGCUGCAUCGUCAACACCACCGGAUGGUCAAGAUGAUGAUGGUAUGUAAACCAUAUUUGACUCUUUAACGUUUUAAGCCUUUGUCACUUUAAGUACAGUGAAACCUCUAUUAGGCAGACCCCCAAUUAAGCAGACACCCUCUAUUAAGCAGACACUAACCUGGGUCCCGAAACUAACGUUUUGUAUUUCCCUUUAUAAGGAACCCCUAUUCAGGAGACACCUCUAUUAAGCGGAAAUCAAAAGAAAUCCCUAGCUGAUUAAUUCCCACCUACUCGCUGUAUUUACCCGGCAACUUGAAUUCUUAGUGACAGCGGAGAAAAUAACCAACAUUUUGCAAUGCAACCACCAGUUUCCUGGCAAAAUGUCAUCCGAGGAACUUUAAGCGCAGAAAUUUCACACUGAUGACCUGUCACUUCACAGAUCUGUCAGGUACUUCUGAUUGGUUGAAGACCCCAGUUGUUCAAAAGGUGCCUGGAUACCACUAUCCACUAACAAAUCUCUAUCCACUGGAUGGUGCAAAUAUAUGUAUUCUCCAUUACUUAUCCACUGGAUUGUGAUUUAUGAAAGGAUAGUGCAAUCCAAAGUUUGAACAAGUGUGGCCAGAAGUAUCACCCAGAUUUGGGUAGGAGGAAUUUCUGUACUCAUUCCUCUUUAUUUUGCGGGGACCCCAGUGGUUGAAUUGCAAAUAAUUUUAUUUUGCUGUUUUAUUUUAGACUAAGCAAUUAGUACAAUUGAUGUUGUUAGAAGGUAUAUCUGUUCUCAUAAAAUGAACUACAUCUUUUAGUUAUUUAACAUGUUCAAUUAAUCAAUGAUCAUCUUCAGUUAUUUUGGUUAAACUACAUGUACAAAACAAAAAUGUAUAAUUUGACCUGGCAUUAAGCUUAGCCUUUUGCUAGGGUUCCAGCCAUGGUAACUUCACUGGUUUAACUUGAGAGUGGAUUUUAUCUAUGACAUUAUACAUCAUAUGCCAUGAAGCUUUUGUUUACUUUUGCUGGGCUCUUAGAUCCAUUAAUGCAGCAAAUGGCAGCUAAAUAUGAGAGAUAUCGGCAGUGGCUUGCAAAAAUAAUGGGGAAGGAUCCAGAGACAUUCAGUGAUAAGGAAAUCAAGGUAUGUAUGCUAAAGUUGAAGUACCUGACAUUGAGCAAGUGGUUAUUCUGUUUUUAUUAUAUAAAUGUUGUGGUUCAAAUUUAAUCUUUGGUUUGAAUUUUUUUAAAACAUAAAAAUGUUUAAAGCUCCUUUUUCAAACUGGUUUGAAAGUUUUAAAAAUCAUUUGACACAAAUUUGUGGAAAAUUAACACACUCUUCCAGCCAGCUGCUAGUCUUGUUCUUGCUAGUUUCUUAAAUUAUUAAAGCAAAAUCCAUCAGGAAAUUGAGGAAUUUUAAUUUUCAGUGGACAAGAAAUCUUGUACCAGAAUAACUUAAAUAAUAUUGUAUUCUUUUUCACAUUUUCAGCGGCUAAAGAUGUAAUAAAUCAUCUCUAGUAACACCAAAGAAAAUUUCUCAUGUAAGUCUGAGAAAAUAAAUGUCAAAUUUCACAAGAAUUGUGAUUAUACAGGUAAAAUUCUAAUAAUUUCAUGUGUAAGAUGUAAUUUUGUGAAAUUUGACAUUCAUUUUCUCGGGCUCCCAUGAGAAAUUUUUUUUUAUGUACUGGCCCCAGCCCCCUCUCUCUCUAUGUCACGCAAUGCCAGGUAUACUACAGAUGAUUUAUUACAUCUUUAGCCCUUGAAAAAUGUAAGAAAGAGUGCAAUAUGCUUUAAAUUGUUCUGGUACAAGAUUUUUGUCCACUGAAAAUCAAAAUUACUCGAUGCCCCAGUGGAUUCCGUCUUAAUUUGUAGUAAAAGUUAUUCAACUCCCCCUCCCCCAAAAACACAACAUACGUAAUAAUACUGGCAUUCAAAAUACGUUAAUUUUGUUCACUGUACAUUAUCCAACCAAACCUUGCUAUGUCCUGUAUAAAUAUCUAUGUUACUUUUAGGAAGCUGUUGAAUACUUGAUGCCAUCUGGGCUCUAUGCUAAAGAUGCUCGGCCCCAGUUUAAGGUUAGUAAGUUAGUUAAUGAAGGGUUCUACAAUGUGGAGUGUAGGGAGAAAAAAUAUUAAAGUAGGCGACAAUCGAUUAGACGAAGGGAUCUGAAAGACUUUCAUGUGGCUUAGCAGUGUUUAAGUACACUGAAAAGAGCAUUUCAGUGCAUUUUGUGCAACCAGUUGAAGAAUUUUAGCCAUGAAUGUGAUACUUUUAUGACCUACAUUUGUUUUAUUUUUUAUGAUUCAUAAUGUGUUUGUUUUUAUCAAACAAAAGUGUUGAGAAACAAAUAUCCCAGAUUUAUCGUUCGAUGCAAAUGUUUCUUCCUUUUCAUUGGCCGAGAGCCCGCCUCGUGACCUGCAAAUAAUGGUGUGCUCAUGUGCAAUGUUGUUCAACUGUUUUUGGCUGCAAAUACUAAAAUCUCCUCAUGCGUAAAUAAAACCACUCUUUUCUCCUUUUUGCGAUCACUUGCGUGAAAAUGCCAGAUUGCUUUGCUUCCCGAAGAUAUUCCUUAAAAAACAAACUCGGUGAUCGAAUGAUAAAACAAUUAUUGAACUUGGUUAUCCCAAAAUAUCAUGAUUUGUCAGUGUCUCACCACUGACAAAUAACGAUAUUUUGCUCAACCUCAUCCAAUAAUUGUUAAUUGUUCUCCUCUUAAAAAGUUAUUUUGUUUGAAUAGGCGGUGCUUCCAGCUAUAUGGGAUUUUUCUUGGCAUGUUUGCUGUAGCUUCUGGAGAUAAAUUCUGAACAUAAUUUUUGUUUUCCUGUUGCAUAUG